GUUGGCAGAUUUGGAGGGAUUUAAAAACUAAACAAAAUGCAAUGUUUUAAUCGAAGGAAACGACGCCGUUUUUUACCACAGCGGGCUCCGGUCAAGAGUGAUGGAAUCGAAACCAUCCGCGCAUCCAUCUCUUCUCCGCCGGUUGAUCAACCUCGACGCCGCCGUCUCCCUCCACCUCUACACCUUCUUCCACCCCAUCCUCCCUUUCUCUCUCCUCAAGUCCCUCGAGCUCUCCGGCGAUGGCCGUCUCUUCUUCCCCAUCACCCUCUCCAUUCUCCUCUUCAACACAACCCCCACUUCCGCCACCAUCCUCCUGCUAAACCUCCUAAUCGGUUUAAUUUUGGACCUCCUCCUAAUCGGGCUAACCAAGCACCUCAUCCAGCGCCCCCGACCCGUCUACAACAAGAAUAUGUUCCUCUCCUUCGCCGUUGACCAUUGGUCUUUCCCCAGCGGCCACUCAUCUAGGGUUUCGUUCAUCGCCACAUUCUGCUCUUUCUAUUCUCGCCAAAUUGCGGAUUUUUGGCUUGUGAAGCUUCCUAAUUUCGAUGCUCAGAGUUGGAUUGUGGAGUAUUUCGCUUUGAUUGUGUGGCUAUGGGCCGGGAUCACGUCGGUUUCUAGGGUGCUUCUUGGGCGCCAUUUCGUGCUCGAUGUUGUUGCCGGGGUUCUGUUGGGUGUUGUUGAAGGGUUUCUGGUGUUUCGAGUUUUUAACGUCGAGAAUUUCAGCUUCUGGUUGAAAUGACAUUUACUGAAAUGUGAGUUUUCCAUACCAGUGAAGAAUUUGAGUGUGGAAGUAAUUGAUUAUGAUGUGAUGAUUGAAGAUGCAUAUUUUGGUUUCUUCAGGAAAAGUCAGAACUUUCUCUUGGAAGCACUGUAAUUGUUUGCACUAUAUAUAUGAAGUUGCUAAUUGAUUUUUGAA